AUGCAUACAGCCAAGUUGUUCGUCUUUGCCAUCGCUGCAGCAACCGCGGCGGCAAACAGCGUUGCAACUGUCCUCGAUACAUCAACAGCACAGCACAUCUCCAUUGGGACCGAGGGCGGGUUUUCGAUUGCGGAGGAUGCCACUGUUCCCGUUGUUUCAGCUUCCGUAACACAGGCAUCACGGACGGAUGUUGAGGCGCCAACGACUGAGGCCAGCUCUUCCGAUGCUUCUGCUUCUACCAUCGGUGUCACACGGCCUUUGAACUUUCCAAAUGCGACAUCGACGUUGGCUAGCAGCGUAGUUCCUACAAAGUCACAGAAUACCACGACGCCCACCAGCCACGUAACUGGUGGUGCUAUUCCGCAGCAGAUGCAGAGCUCCAUGGCUGGGCUAAUAGGGUUCUGCAUCAUGGGUUUGAUCAUGUUAUAG